AAUUAAUAGUCAAUUACUUUUUGGCAGUUUAGAAUUUUCCAAAUAUUCUUACCAUCUCCAUCAUGUUCCAAUUGGUACCUUUUGAGCACCAGUUGUGUCUAUUGGGAAGUUCUUUUGAUGUGAUUGCAGACGCCUGCAAGAGCACCGACUCAAUAGGGCUAGUUUCGUUGAUUCAGGGGCCCCGCUUACGCUAUUGGAAGCGUUAUCUAGUCAGCUGUUGUCAAGGCGAGCCCGCCUGCUACUCCUUGCUGUACUGGAUGCUGUUCGUACUAAGCUUGUAUGGCGCGCUCCAGAGCAUGUACGCAUUUGCGGCUUACUUUUUUACCGAGGACCCCAAGAGACUGACAAUGUGGUAUAAUCACCGAUUCUAUAUAAUACCCCGUCGUCUAGCCCGUCAGCUGCGCUAUGUGAGCGCAUUUGUGUCGAUUAAUGCAUGGCUUUUACUGGCCUACGCGACAGUUUUCGUUUCACCCCCUCAUAUGGUGCCCUGGCUGUGCGUCUUUGGCGGCAUCUUUAUAUGCCGUUUAAUAGGAUUCUGUAAGGAGAUUUGCUGUGGCGCUGUGCAUGAUCGAAAGAUUGAAUCAUUCGUUGGUCUGGCAAUUACUCUCCUGACCAUUGGGUUUGUUCACCGCUCCAUGCUGGCUUUCCAAGUCUCACUACAGACUCAUAAACGUGAGGUUUUAAUGCUGUGGAAACCUCUGAUGGUGGGGGUCAAAUAGGAUGCAGUUGAAAUAAGCACUGAUGUACGUAUUAAGUGGAUCGUGAUAAAAUAUUUGGAAAUUUCAGGAGCAACACAUUCCCACUAAAGUUGUUAUAAUGAUUUUAUCUGAUACCAAAAUAGAUCGCAUUAUAAGGGCUUUCAGAAAAAUUGUAUCUGAAGGCGAAUGCA